AUGCUGGACAAACCCGUAAAACCCACGGAGGUCAGUGUGAGGAAUCGGAUCGAUCUGGCGGUGGUUCCCCUGGAUGCAUUAAAUACCCGGACGAGGGAUUUACUGGCCGAGCUGCUGAAUCAUCGGCGAAUAUUCACCUCCGAGGAUGGAUACUUUCGCGAUUGGCGCGGCGUGUUCGAUGUUGUUGGCAUUCCGAAAACGUACCUACCCUUGAUCGACGCCAAUGCCAAUCCGACCCGCCGUUUGCUGGAACUUUGGCGGUCCGAACAACACCAGUGCAAACGCGAAGCCAACCUGGCCGAAUUGCAAUGUGUCCUCGGUUGUAUCGAUCGGUGGGACAUACUGGACGAUACGUGCAAAAUGUUCGAGCAAGACGCAGAACAGCAUCUCAUGCGGGAACAGAAACUUGCGGCAAGGAAAGUGAGCGAAUCGGAUGCGCAAGAAUCGUCGACCGUAACCGGAGAUUGUGACAUUAUCACGAAGGAUGACACGGCGGACCACAAGCAGCAGUACGAUGCGUUCAUACUGUACGCCGAUGCGGACGUUGAAUUUGCGUCGAAAAUGGUCGAACGUUUGGAGGCGCGCGGGAUGCAACUGUGUUUAAAGGACCGUGACAUUCUCGGUGGAAGCAACUUCGAGCAUGAAGUCAUAUCGCGCCUCAUCUCCGAACGUUGCCGCCGGGUAGUGGUGAUCAUCUCGAAGGCCUUCCUGGAGAGCCCACUGAACGAUUUUACCGUCACAUUCGCCCAGGCACUGCAGAUCGAGAAGAAGGAACGCAAGGUCAUACCGUGCGUGUACGAUCGAUGCGAACUGCCGCCUCAUUUACGGUACACCUGCCGGUUGGACUACCAACGGUCACAGAAUUUGUACAACUUUUGGGACAAACUAGCCGACUCCAUACGCGACACGCCACGGAAGGUUGGCUUAGAAAUGAAUGUGCGAGACAUGAGCGAAUCACAGAAAACAGCAAUGCAUGUCAAGGCGACCGGAACAACCACACCCCAACCGGUACCGAAGGUGAUCGUUGAAGAGCCCACCAUGGUGGUGAAACUUCCGAGCGCGGUGGACCAGGAAAGUCGUACGGGCAGCCUUAAGAAAUCACAUUCCUUUUGGGACUUAUUUUCUAGCUUUAGUCACAAGAAGGACAAACUUAACGGCAGUACUUCACAGCUGAGCAUUAACGAUAUUGCACCGUCAACCAGUCCGAAGAAAACCAGUUCCUCGCCGCUGGCACUGAUCAGGCGUGACAAAAAACAAUCAACCGUGGUGGGCGGUGCGUCUUCCGCACCAUCCGAAUGUCCACUGAAACAGCCGGAAAAACCGGUGAAAACGAAAAAGAAAUGGUAUAAACCGAGCAGUCGGAAAGUGGCUUCCGCUGUGUGA